GGUGGCCACGGCCGCCGCGCUGUUGGUCGGCUCCAGCACCCUCUUCUUCGUGUUCACGUGCCCAUGGUUGACGAGAGCCGUGUCCCCAGCUGUUCCUGUCUACAAUGGCAUCAUCUUCCUUUUUGUCCUGGCCAAUUUCAGCAUGGCCACCUUCAUGGACCCUGGUGUCUUCCCCCGAGCGGACGAGGACGAAGACAAAGAGGACGACUUCCGGGCCCCACUUUACAAGAAUGUGGAUGUGCGGGGCAUCCAGGUCCGCAUGAAAUGGUGUGCUACAUGCCACUUCUACCGCCCACCACGCUGCUCACAUUGCAGUGUCUGUGACAACUGUGUCGAGGACUUUGACCAUCACUGCCCUUGGGUCAACAAUUGCAUUGGGCGCCGGAACUACCGCUACUUCUUCCUGUUCCUGCUGUCACUCAGUGCACACAUGGUGGGCGUCGUGGCCUUUGGCCUGGUCUACGUGCUGAACCAUGCCGAGGGGUUGGGAGCUGCCCACACCACCAUCACCAUGGCUGUCAUGUGUGUGGCUGGACUCUUCUUCAUUCCUGUCAUCGGCCUCACUGGUUUCCACGUGGUGUUGGUUACUCGGGGGCGCACCACUAAUGAGCAGGUGACUGGGAAGUUUCGCGGGGGUGUGAACCCCUUCACCAGAGGCUGCUAUGGGAACGUGGAGCACGUGCUAUGCAGCCCCUUGGCACCCCGGUACAUGGUGGAAUCACCCCGGUUGCCACUCUCAGUGAGCCUGAAGCCACCCUUCCUUCGGCCUGAACUCCUGGAGAGAGCUGCACCGCUCAAGGUCAAGCUUAGUGACAAUGGGCUGAAGGCAGGACUGGGCCGCAGCAAGUCUAAGGGCAGUCUGGACCGGCUGGAUGAAAAGCCACUGGAUCUGGGGCCACCACUGCCCCCCAAGAUAGAGGCCAGCACCUUUGGAGGUGACCUGAAGACCCCACGGCCUGGCAGUGCUGAGAGUGCCCUGUCAGUGCAGAGGACCAGCCCUCCGACACCUGCCAUGUACAAAUUCCGGCCAGCUUUCCCCACGGGUCCCAAGGCGCCAUUCUGUGGGCCUAGCGAGCAGGUUCAAGGCCCUGACUCCCUGACUAUAGGGGAUGACAGCACCCACAGCCUGGACUUUGUGUCUGAGCCCAGCCUGGACCUCCCAGACCAUGGGCCCAGUGGCCUGCACUCAACCUACCCACCGUCCCCACCACUCAGUGCCACUGAUGCCUUCUCAGGCGCUUUGCGCUCUCUGAGCCUCAAGGCUGCCAGCCGGCGGGGUGGGGACCAUGUAGCUCUGCAGCCCCUGCGUUCUGAGGGUGGUCCUCCCACACCCCACCGGAGCAUCUUUGCUCCCCAUGCAUUACCCAACCGAAAUGGCAGCCUGUCCUAUGAUAGCCUGCUUAACCCUGGCUCACCUAGUGGCCACACAUGCCCAGCACACCCCUCUGUUGGUGUAGCUGGCUACCGCUCACCCUAUCUACACCCUGGGGCAGCAGGUGACCCACCACGGCCCCCACCCCGCAGCUUUAGUCCCGUGCUGGGUCCCCGGCCUCGGGAGCCCUCACCAGUACGCUAUGACAACUUGUCGAGGACCAUCAUGGCCUCCAUCCAGGAGCGCAAGGACAGGGAGGAGCGUGAGCGGCUGCUGCGCUCCCAGGCCGACUCACUCUUUGGUGACUCUGGAGUCUAUGACACACCCAGCUCUUACAGCCUGCAGCAGGCCAGUGUGCUGUCUGAGGGUCCUCGUGGCUCUGUGUUGCGCUAUGGCUCCAGAGAUGACCUUGUGGCUGGGCCUGGCUUUGGUGGUGCCCGCAACCCUGCCUUGCAGACAUCACUGUCUUCACUAUCAAGCUCUGUGAGCCGGGCACCACGGACAUCCUCCUCCUCCCUGCAGGCCGACCAGGCCAACAACAACGCCCCUGGGCCCCGGCCUGGAAGUGGCUCACACAGGUCGCCUGUGCGUCAGGGUCUACCCUCCCCGCCUGGCACUCCCUGCUCGCCCUCCUACAUGGGCCCCAAAGCUGUCGCCUUCAUCCAUACGGACCUCCCGGAACGGCCACCCUCGCUGGCUGUGCAGAGAGACCACCCUCAGCUGAAGACCCCCCCAAGUAAGCUUAACGGGCAGUCCCCAGGCUUGACCCGACUGGGGCCUGCUGCAGGUCCUCUGGGACCCUCCGCCAGCCCUGCCCGGCACACGCUGGUUAAGAAGGUUUCCGGCGUGGGUGGGACUACCUACGAGAUCUCGGUUUGAGAACUGACCGCCACCCGUCUGCUGUGGUGCCAUGGGGACCAGGACCCCAUAGUGGCUCUCCCCAUCCCCACCGACUUCUCUACCCCAGAGAAAGGAGGCCGCCCAAGCCUGGUGUGGAUCAGCAGGAGAGAGCCACGCCUCCACAAGCUUGUCCCUGCACCCUCUGCCUGUCCAUCCACUCAUCUGCUCAUGGGGAAGACAGGAUCUUGAGCAGUUUGUGCCAGGCUGCAGGCCCUGUGUUUCUGUUCUUGAUGGGGCACUGAGGGGGACCCAGGCUGCCUCCUCCCUUGGCCAAGCUCAACAACAUCACUCUGUCAUGCUCCCUGGCUAGUCUCCAACAAUCCCAUGGGUUUACCUCCUCCUCUUUCAGAGGGUGCCUGGGGCCCUGCCCUCCCAGCUGCUCCUAACAUGUUGCCUUUCACUAACCCAGCUGGCAGCUUGUAGCUUGGCAAGGCCGAUGCUUCUGCAGUCCUGGUCUACUCUGGGUUUUGACGGAUGGAUGGACAGAUGGACAGCCAGCCAGCUGUGGCACGGGCCCUAGCUCUGUGCAUUUUGUCUUGCCUGGCCAGUGGGCUUGUGUCCCUGUGUCUGUGUGCUGUGCCGCCGUGCCACGUCUGAUGUGUUAGUGCUCGGCCGCCGCUGUCCCUUUCAUUGAAGCCUUAACUUCUGCUUUAUGCUCUUGUGGGAGGCGACGGGGGUGGGGGGGGGCAGAGAAAAUAAUGGGAUCAGGCACAGGGGUUACACACAACCCCAGGAGGCCAGUGAGACCUGGAUCACCCUUCUCCCUGCCAAACUGGAGAAUCCCCACCCUAAAUCAUACGCAGUCCUUGGCUCUAACCCGGCCGGUCCCAUUGGAAAGCACAUUGGGGAAGGGGGGACCAGUUCUUCCCCUGGUGUCAGGGACCUGAGAGUAAGCACAUGGCAGCGUCAGCUUGCGUUGUGUCUGUUUUAUGUUUUUAUAUCUACAUCUAUAUAUCUAUAAUUUUAUUAAAAAAAGAACUUAAGAGUCA